UUUACCAACUUAACUCUUCUCCAUGGCAGUACCAGUCUUAAAGCUGGUAUUGUUCUUGCUCUCCUUGCUAGUAAACAGCUUCCUGGUUGUUCAAGGAACAAGCUGGUGUGUGGUCAGGAGUGAUGCAUCUAACCAAGCCCUGCAAACUGCUCUCGACUAUGCAUGCGGCACUGGUGCUGACUGCAGCCCUCUUCAGUCAAGUGGGCUUUGUUUUCUUCCCAACACAAUCCAGGCUCAUGCUGCUUAUGCUUUCAAUAGCUACUACCAACGUAGGGCCAUGGCACCUGGUUCCUGUGACUUCGCUGGCACUGCCACUGUUGCUAAAACUGAUCCCAGUUAUGGAUCUUGUGUGUACCCAUCUUCUCAAAGCACAGCUGGAGGGAUAGCUACACCAACAACACCAACAACAGUGAUAAACAACCCGAAUGUGCCGACAACUACACCAAUCAAUGGCGGUGGCAGUGCUGGUGUAAAUAACCCUGGACUGACCCCUCCAAUACCCACAACAAAUGACUCAAAGGCUUCAUUGGAUUGUAUGGUCGCCACAAGCUCAAUGUCUGUCAUGAUCUUACUUGUUCUAUCAUUUAUUUUGCACCCAAUAUGGAUCUUUUAA